AUGCGAGGGGAGUGUAUAGAAAUAAAUGGAUUUGCAAAACCGUGUCCGUUCCCGGAGGAAGCGCCACCGAUUUUCCUCAACUUGACCGAGGUGGAGAAAAGUGAAAUUAGGGACAUUUUGGAUUCGCGAUGUCCCUUUUUAAUGUACGACGAGUAUGGCAUCUUAAAGCCGGAUGAAGAGAUAGUGACGUGCUGCAACAGUGUGCAGUUGAGGAAGAUGCAGGACAGUUUGAUGAUAGCCGAGGGCGUCCUUGGCAGAUGUCCGACAUGCUUAAGGAACUUCGUCAGGCAGAUAUGCGAAAUGAACUGUUCACCGGAUCAAGCGCGGUUCGUCGACGUCACAUUGGUGGACGCAGGUGGUGUGGAGUACGUGAACGAGAUUGAUUACAGGAUGCACGAGGAUUUCAUGUUGAACGCGCACGCCUCUUGUGCCGGUGUGAUUGUGCCGCAAACCGGUUUGCCUGCGAUCAACCUGAUGUGCGGAAACGCCCCAGUCUGCGACGCGGAAUCCUGGUUCGGAUUCACUGGCGACACUCAGGCCAACCCCCUAGCUCCAGUCCAAGUUAACUUUUUACGAUGGCCAACGGAGGAAGACUCUAUGAACGCAAGAGCUCCACCGUGCUAUGAGACGAUGGGCGAAGACCUUCCAUGCAGCUGCGUGGACUGUGUGGCAUUGUGCCCCACUGGAAACGAGCCCGUACUACCAGAUAUAUGCACCGUUCUCACCGUGAACUGCAUUGGAUUCUCCGUUGGAAUCGUAGUCUUCGUUAUCGGUGUUACGAUAUUUUGCAUUCUCACUGUAUUUGAAUACAAGAGAUUGAGAAGGGGCAAAAUUGAUAGUGGUAAUACAAAGAAUGUGCCUGAAGAUAGUUUUCUUAUCAAGUUCUUCCAAGAGUUCUUUGCCGCGAUCGGAACUUUCUCGGCGAACAACCCCGUACUUAUCAUUAUGAUGACUUCCUGGGUGGCAUUCGGCAUGCUUUAUGGAGUUCUAAAUCUUAAUCUCACAGCGAAUCCAAUUGAGCUUUGGUCUGCGCCAGAUUCCCGUAGUCGGGCGGAACUUAAUUAUUUCAACUCAAGAUUCGGGCCAUUCUAUCGGGCUGCGCAGGUUUACAUCAAAAUAACUGGCCUGAAGUCUUUCGAAGUAGACAACGUGACUUAUGGCCCCGCAUUUAGACUCGAGGCGUUGAAAGAGCUAGUCAAACUAGAAGACGCAAUAAUAAAUAUUGGUAGAAACAACAGUGGCGUUGUUUUGGAAGAUGUUUGCUAUGCACCUCUGCGUGUUCGCGGCGGUGAAAAAAAUAUCGGGCAAUGUGUCUCGAUGUCGGCCGCCGUUUACUUGGGCAGUGAUCGACACAAUAUUAACAACGAAACCUAUUUGAAUACAAUUCAAAACUGUCUAAACAAUUAUCUAGCCCUCAAUUGCAUGGCAGAGUGGGGCGGCGGCGCGGAGCCCGAUAUAGCAUUUGGUGGAUUUGAUAGUGGCAAUAUUUUGAGCGCAAAUACACUGCUUAUUAACUUUCCGAUAAGUAAUUAUCUCUUAGAGGAAGAAAUGCGACCCGUUUUAGAAUGGGAGCAGAAUUUUAUUGAUUUGUUACAUGACUACGAAGCGAACUGGAAGGCCGAUUAUGUAGAAGUGGCGUUUGGCGCUGAAAGGUCAAUAGAAGACGAAAUCGAACGUGUUUCACGUGCCGAAAUUAUACCAAUAGCAGACACACCAACGGACUUAUGUAACAAAGGAGGCCUAGCGAGUUAUUUCAGUCAAGUUAAUUACUUACUAGACUCGGAGGGACGUGCAACUGUCUACGACAGCAGUUUCAUGGCAUAUCACGUUGCUCUAGGUACGUCUUCCGACUACAUAUCUGCCGUUAAGUACGGUUAUGAAGUUUCUGAAAACAUAACAGAGGCGAUAAAGAGGCACACAGGUAUGGACGUGGAGGUGUUCCCGUACUCCGUGUUCUACGUUUACUACGAGCAGUAUUUAACGAUGUGGUCAGAUACGUUUGCUUCUUUGGGAUUCUGUCUUAUAGGCGCAGUGGUCAUAAAUCUGCUUGCGUCAGGUUUCAACGUGGUGACAACGUUGACAGUUAUGUUUACGGCGAUAAUGGUUGUGGUGGACAUGAUGGGUGUUAUGUAUAUCUGGAGUAUUCCACUGAACGCCGUGUCUUGCGUCAAUUUGAUCGUCUCAAUUGGCAUCGCCGUAGAGUUCUGCAGUCACAUCGCUUACGCUUUCGCCACUAGCAAAUGUCCGCCAAACGAAAGAGUUGCCGAUGCAGUCAAAAGAGUUGGUGCAACAAUUAUUACGGGUAUAACAUUCACCAACAUCCCUAUUAUAGUUUUGGCUUUCUCUUAUACACAAAUAAUUGAGGUGUUCUUCUUUAGAAUGCUUUUCAGCUUGGUGAUAUUAGGGUUCUUGCAUGCGAGUCGUAAAAUUUCGAUCUUCGACAACUUCUUAUCGGGUGGCAGGGUUGGGAGGAGGCUUCUCAAAGAUGCAAAUGCAGCGUUGAACGCCUCGACCCUUAUUCUUUCCCUGGUAGCGUGUGCCGUUCUGUACUUCAGCGUCGCUCUUCGUCGUCUUCUGCGCUCUUCUCGAGAGAGGCCGGCGCAAGGGGAGCCCGUUCCACUUGAAAGA